AUGAUCAGAAAUAUUAAGAGAGUAACAAUAACGGCCAUCAUACUAAUGUGGGUGGGAUUUGCGGCAAUGGUGGCGGUUCAGCCGAACCCAACCAAAGCCAUUCAUUCGUCCAAGACCCAUACUGCUCUCGUGCUUUCCAAAAUAGAGGGAGGAUUGGGUGAUGUUAACUGGGCAGCUAACAUCGGGAAGGAGUUAGAAAAAGUUGCAGGUAUAAAACCAACCUAUCUAUUCGUGGGAAGAACUACUGAUGGAGCCAUUGAGUAUUUAAACCAAAGAGGUGAUCUGGGCGGCGCGCCAAAGAUCAUUCACGACCUGGACAAAGUAGAGCCGGGGUAUGCAGGAGUAUAUGUGUACAGGGAAAUAGAUGAUCCCACGUAUAGCUCUCUGGAGUUGGAAGAGAUUGCGGCCCUUGGGGAAAAGUUCGACUGUACUGUCAUAUUCCACAUGUGUUGGAAAUCUCGGUUCGCUACAGAUAGAUUGCCUGAUGAUCUGAGAAAAAGAUUCAUUCCGGUAGAAGAGUAUGGGGAUGUGUUUGGGAAGGAUAUUCGUCAAGAAACCCGGAUCUUCUUUCUGGACUACAAAGAGAAGUACGGGUUAGCUGUUUCUGAGGAAGACUGUGUGCGUCUAAAGGUAAGUGCCGACGAGUUCUACAACAGGCUGGGAGAAGAGGCCAAAAAGAAGUUCAACUUAGAGUAUGUGAAACAGUUGGAGAAGAAGAUAGGCGUAGGUGUGCCGUACCACUUUGCCUAUUACAACUUGUUUGCCGGGAAUUAUAACUUCAGAGAACUGUCUAUGAGGUUCAGGCCAUUCUUGACCCCAAUUGCUAAGCUCCAGGGCCUGAAUAAUCAAGACCCAAAUACUCCCAUCACAUUUCUGGUGAACCAGCUUGAUCUUUACAAAGAGGCCAAACUUGAGGCGGAAAGGCGUCAAAAGUAUCGCCGUUCGUCUCAGGAAAGCCAGCAGUUACUGAAACCAGAAGCAGACGAGGUAUCGCGCGAGGAUAUAGUCCAAGAGAUUCUCCAAAAGGCUCGUAUCACAAUAGGAGAAGACGGAGUGCAGCAAACUAAUCUUGCAAGCAUCAAUAGAACAGUUCGGCUGGUGUCGUACGAGAAUCUCUCACCCGAAGCUUUCGAAUACUUCUUACUAAAAAGCGAGCUGGUUGCAGGUUGCACUGGCGAUAUGUCUCUUACACAGGUGCUGUCAUCCAAGCGAAUUCCUGUGUACGAGUGUCUUUUGCAUAAACGGGAACUCUGCAGCAAUGUUCUGAACGCCCUAUGGAUAGAAGCCAUGGAGGAGAUUGAUAUUCCCGUGGAGAAGGACUCGCAGGUCUUCCCUGGGUUAGAGGAGGACAACAUGAAUUCCUGCUUAUUGGGAAUGAAAGCACUGACUCCAGAGAAUGUAAGGCAGAUCUAUCCUAUCUUCCACUCAAAGUUGCUAGAGAACGCCUUCUCGCCAUGGUUCAAAAAGAGAGUGGAAGAGAUACUGAAUUGA